CUACAUACCAGCUGAUAAAAUUUGUGACCAAUGACCAUGUACUUAGUUUAGUGCUACUGAAAGAACAAUAAUAAGCAAGCCUUUAUUUUGAAAAUGUGUUAAUUAUUUGUUCAUAUUUUUGUGUAUGUUUGAUGUGUAAAGUUAACUUUAUUAAGUGAUUAAAUGCAGUGCAGUGAUUUUGGGUUGAAACAAAGGCAUAUUAUGACAAUCAUGGCUCAAAAUAUGGGCUUGAUUGAGGCAAGUGAUAGGUUAUUGUCAAAGAUACCCCCUGAGAAGGAAAUAAUUCACUCAGGACAUUUUAUGGUGUCAAACAUUGAAGAAGAAGAGGAAGAUGUGUACGAAAGUAAUUCAGAAUUUGCAAAGCAAAAAAAUUCAUCUGGUGGUGUUAUUUUAAAUCCAUCAAGUGAAAAUAGUUUAUCAGGUUCAACCAUAAACUGGGUUCAAAGAACCAAAACAAAUGUUCAACAUAUUUCAAUUGAAACAUCACUAACUAAACUUUUCCAGUGCAUGUCUCUUGCAUACAGACAAAAGUUGACGUCGCCUAAAUGGAACCGCUUCAAGGGCAUCCGACUAAGAUGGAAGGACAAGAUAAGACUGAACAACGUGAUCUGGAGGUGUUGGCACAUGCAGUUCAUCACCAAGAAGAACUCGCUGGUGUGCCAGUUCGCGUCACCUCUGGACACGGACACCCACAACAAACCAGAGGCCAUAGUUCUGGAAGGGAAAUACUGGAAACGGAAGCUACAUGCUGUCACCGCAGAGUACAAAAAAUGGCGACUCUUCUACAGGAAUCGUCUGCUCGGUUGGGGCCACAAGGACGAGCAGGAUCCUCAUGAUGUGUUGUCAGACCUGGAGAUGCUGGAAUGGCAGUCACCUGGGGACGACUGUCACAUGAUGGUGGAUGAGGAUUACAUGGAGUUCAUGACAGACACGCUGUUCUCCACGAUCACUGCCAACCAGCCUUUCGCCUUUCCGGACACUAGGGAAAUUGCCCGGGGAGCAAAUUUGGCUGACUUCAUCCAGCCCAGCUUAGUGCAACUUCAACCAAAUCUAGACGAUUUCAUGGAUACCUUAGAGCCUCUGCAAGAGUUUUUUAACAAUAAAUUACCGCCAGUGCCUGAAGAGACCCUUACUGCCGAGAACUUGUAUCGCAGUCUGGGUGGUCCGAGCUACCUGUCCGAACCCAAACGAGAGAUGUCCUCAUCGUACCAGACUCCGUCACCACCUGCCCCGCCUCCGACCUCUUACUACCAGUACCAGCCUCCGCCCAAGUCCCACCAGCCCGCCCCGCCUCCUCCCAGCUACCCUAUGUACAACAUACCCACACAAUACCAGCAGCUGUCUCCCCCGCCACCCCCACAGCGUACCUCACCCUCACCUCCACGACAGGAGUACGUGUUGCCUCAUCCCCCACCACCUGCACCCACCCCUGCCAUCACCUAUCCCCAUGUGCCUAUGCGGUCCAAAAGUCUUCCAUUGGCGGGCAACCCACCACAGCGGCGAGAGGAGGAACUGUUCGCCAUGCCUAAGGUGAAGGCUUUCAACCGAUCUCGCAGCGGCUCAUGUCUGUCCAGCACGGUCAAGCACCCCCCGCCUCUAGUGUCCGCCAACAGUGACCCCCAGUUGUCGGUGCCUUCACAGUCCUCCCACCCUCACCACUCCAGUGCCUUGCUCGCCAAACUGCUGACAUCCACUAGCACAGUGACUCAGACGUACAACAACCAGGGUGCCAUCUACAGUGGUCCAGAAAGUCUGAAAAUGCCUGGGUCGAGUCCCUCCCUCAGCUCUCCAUACUACAAGCCCACAGACAGGCACAUGGAGAAGAGCACACAUCGUUCUGUGAUAUACUCUACGCAAACGGACAACGGAUCUCUGAACCUAUCGUCAAACCGGCCAGACAACCGGAUAGCUCCAAUCUACGAGACGUUCACAUUUACCGCGACGCCUGGCAGCGCUGGCAGGAAGGGCAAGUCCAGUGUGGCGAUGCUGCCCCACCCCUCCACCAGUGGAAUGAUGUUACAGCAGAUGUCGCCAAACACAUCACAGGUAAUCAGCAGUGCAAGUAACAGUCCGAAGCAUCCCGACUCACCCGGAACCAACGACUGCCUCAGCUUGUCACCCCUCAACGUCAACGUGGGUAGUCCUCAGUCACCCUCAGGCACGGUUGGUAUUUAUAAGGAACACCGGCGAGUGAGUCACAUCAACGCAGAGCAGAAGAGGAGGUGUAACAUCAAGAACGGCUUUGACAUGCUGCACAGCCUGAUACCCCAGCUGAGCCAGAAUCCUAAUGCCAAGCUGAGCAAGGCGGCCAUGCUACAGAAGGGAGCUGAGUACAUACGACAGCUGCGCAACGAGAGAAUGGCUCUCAAGGAUGAAAUAGACAGUCUCCGUCUGCAGGUGGACUCUCUCAACUCUGCCAUCAGCAAUUGUCAAGCACUGCUACCGGCCACUGGGGCGCCCAUAUCUCGCCACCGUAACAACAAAAUGAAGGAGAUGUUUGACGAGUACGUGCGCAUCCGCACACAGGAGAACUGGAAGUUCUGGCUCCUGAGCCUCCUCUGUGAGCCACUUCUGGCCUCAUUCAAUGCACAGGUCUCCACCCAGAGUCUGGAGGAGAUGUACCGCACCACUCUCGGCUGGGUGGAGCAGCACUGCACUCUCAGCGUUCUCAGGCCACUUAUGUCGAACGCCCUGCGGCACCUGUGUACGACGACGGACAUGCUGACAGAUCCGAGCCGGUUGCCUGCGGAAGCGCGCGCUGCGGUCAGUAAGCCAUCUGGUCGGCCUCCCUCCAGUUAGUAUCGUGUCACGACCCGCUGGGCAUUUCACUACGGUUCCACCACACCUCAUCGACACGGCCGAGUUUACCGUAACAACAGUUUGUUGCUGGUCAUCACCGAGUCGACGCAGAUUUUUAAAUUAGAGCUUACAAUCCCUUGGUACGGUACUUUAUGCAGUUUGUAAAUUUUAACCUCCAUCAGGCUUCCACCUAAAAAUAUGUCCGAGGACGUUAAACUAACGUAGAAUACCAAUAAUAAGGAAUAAGUAAAAAAUAUUACACUUACAAUUUUUCUAUUUUGUUGGAAUUUUAAAUUUAGGUGAUACGUCUACCAUAUCAGAAGUUUUAAUUAUUCUUGAAUACUGUUUCCUGUGCACUGUUAAGUAUUUUCUGUUAGCCAUUAUUUUAGUCAAUUGAGCAGGAAUCAGCUGAUUUUAAAAUACGUUUCCACGCAUCCAUUCUGCAGAGAUUUCAAAUACAUUUUUUUUGUGGUUUACGCUUUUAUAAAUCUAAUUUCAAGUUAGUAUAAAUUAUUAGGAUUUAUUUCAAUCUGAUAGGAAGAAUCCCAAUUUGUUGAAUUCUAUUGAGAAUUUUGGUUUUCUGCAUUGCAUUCUUGAUGGAAAUGGUAAGGUUGUAGAAUUGAAAAUAUGUUUAUCUUCCCAAAAAACUUAUAUGUAUAAAUUAUGUGGAAGUAUAAUAUAUGUCUUCAAUUCUAAGAGAGUUUGUUUAUCACCAGUAACUAUGUGACCUCCACAAAAGAAUAUGGAGGUCCUGUUUACUGUUUUGUGUUUCUUCUACAAUAACACAACACAUACAUAUAUUACCACGAUAUAAUAGGUAUAAUUUUUAUACAUUAUUGUUACAGAUUAUGAUUUCAGUUGGUUGUUAAAUUAUCGAGUAUCAUACAUAAGUACAAAGACCGAGGUUACAAAUAGUAGUAUGAUAGUAGGACGUAAAAAUUGUUUUAUACAACGAUUAUACAUUAAGGACUUCAGUACAUUAAAUUGCAAAACCUACUAUUGAGAAUGUAGAAAAAAUAUGUUGUUUUAAUAAAUAUGAUUUCAAUAUAAUCGUAACAGAAAUAAGGUCUAAAUGAUCACAAACCCGUUUUGCUAUUAAAGAUUUAUUUUUCUACUAAUACCAAGUACGCAGUAAAGGAAGGGAAUUUUAUUUUUGUUUCAUGACAGUUUUAUCACAGUUCUUGAGUAAAUAUUAUGGAAUAUUUUACUUAAGUAUAUUGUUUUUUUAUUACUUAUGAGUUAACCACAAGUGGAACCUGGUUAACGAUUUCUCUGAUGUAUGACUUUGUAAUUUUAUACAUGUAUAUGAGUAAAAUAGUAGUACAUUGUGUAGCGUAGCACUAGUUGGAACUGUUAAGUUUGUUCAAUGUUUUUAUUAUAUUUUCUUUUUUUAAUUGGUUGAACAUAUUCACGUUGUUUAUUAAUUGUUGGUUUUAGUACGUUGUGCCAGUUACGUUGUCAAUGAACUAAUUCUUUGUAUCUCUCUAAAUACGUUGUUAUUUGUUGAGAUUUAACAGAUGAUUUUAAAUAACAGAUUAUAUUUUAGUCAUAGUAAAAGUUAUUGUAACUGUUAUACAUAUGGUUAAUUAGUUAUUUACUGUAUUGUUAUUUGGUAUGGUGGUACAAAUUUUAAUUAUACGUGUGAUUUAUGAAUAUUUACUACCAGCGUUUUAAGAGCAAGUAAUAAAUAUCACAUCAGGAUUGUCUGCUUGUUUGUAAGAAAGGAUAGCGUCAGUGAUAUGGGAAUUUUUGUGCUGUGAUAAAAUACUUUACUUUUCAGAAUCUUACGUUAAGUUUAACCGCUCGUAUGUUACGAGUGAGUCGUAAGGACUAUAUAUAAAUUUUAUAUGUAAUUCACAACAAAAAAUAUUGUACAUUAACAUUAUAGUAGAUUAUCAACGCCUCAAUUUGGUGUGAAGUCUUAUUAGCACCUUAAUUGGAUCGGUUUAUUUUAUCAAUGCCGUUUUUAUUCAUUCAGUCUCAUACUGAUUUCGCACCUACAUUAGCUUUUUGAUGUACAUUAUUUUGAAUGAAUCAACAUUACUUUAGUAAAUGUGCCAAAUUUGUACAGUAACGGUAAGUUAGUAGACAGCAGAGUUGUAAGUUAAUGUUAAGAGAUCUCCUUUAUUGUAAUUUUAUUCUUAUAUUUUUAGUUUACCCAGUAAAUAACUUUGAUUGUUGUGUCUUCUAAGCAGCUUUCCCAGGAUAUUAUACUUAAUUAUUUUCAGCAUGUUAACUUUAAAAUUUCCCUUCAUAUUUUCUGUAGUUUUAUUCUGACUGGCAAACUUCUAUUCUAUAGUAGUUCUAUCGAUGUUAGUGUGAUGUUGUUUAUAAGGGCUGAAAUGUUUUCAGAUAUUUUUUUACCAUUUCUCAUGAUAUACAGAGCGUGUUUAUAUCGUUGAACUGUUUUGGUCGUCACAGUGUACUUCUAAGUCAGAUAUCUGAACACAACACCAACCUUAUGGCUGUUUUAUAUUAAACAUUACCCUUUGUUGUUUGCUAGUACAAAUUUAUUUAAACUUUUUAAAAGCAUGAAAACUCAUUUAAUUGCCUAAUUCACGUAUUCAGUCUUCUCUGUUUCACUGAUAAACUUCUUUUAGCCUCUGUAUAGUGUGAACUAGUUUUAUAAAUAAUCAUAGAACAUUUUUUUAUUUGUUGCAUAGUAUAUUUUUGCUCAGGAGUCAAUUAUAUAAUGUUUUAUUGUA